UCUUCAUUCUCUCUUCCUAUCACAACUUGAUCCAACUUCUGACUCAAUCUUGAUUAUCACCAAAUAUUUGUUUGUUGAUUCUUUCUCUACCUGUUCCAUUCAUUCAUUCCAAGAUUUUGAAGAAAAUGAGAAGAAAUUGUAACUUGGAACUCAGGCUUAUGCCUCCUUCUUUCUCUGCUUUUUCUCCGAAGAAUAUUUGCACUACUCCCUACUUCUCAAUGGAGGACAAAGAAAGCAAAGAAUUAGAGCAGCAAGCACAACAGCAGCUAACCAUAUUUUACAAUGGCAAACAUGUGGUUUCAGAUGCUACCGAGCUUCAGGCGAAAGCUAUAAUAUAUCUUGCAAGUAGAGAAAUAGAGGAGAAAACAAAGAAGACUCCAUCACCAAUAUCAAAGCCGUCAUCACCAUUGUUACAACCUCAAACUGGCCUUUUCAUGAAGAGAUCUCUACAAAGAUUUCUACAAAAGAGAAAAAAUAGAAUUCAAACAACUUCGCCAUAUCAUCACUAGCGGUUGUUGAUGGACUUCGCCUUAGUUUAGUUCCUUUUGUAUAUAUACUUUGUAUUUUGGUGUUACCAAUUGAAUAGUUUCUGUGAGAACUAGAAAUUAUUACUAAUAGUUUCUAGAUGGAUUACAAUACUAGUGGAUCACUUAUUUUACAGUUUUGGAAAUACAAUCUUUUCUCAUGUUUCUCUCUUUAACUUAAUAGAACCAGAUCUAAGGUCUGAAAUGUAUUGUGGUACAAAGCAAUAAAUAAUCUGAGCUUGGUUAAAUUUGUUAA